AUGGCAAGUGGCAAGCUUCAAGGACACAUGGGUCAAACAAAGUUGGUCCGAAUGCUCAAAGGGUUCCAAGGCGGCAGAGUCUUGGCACCGAAGCUGGUCACAGAAGAGGAAGCAAACAAAAUGCUCAGCCCCUCUGAAUUCCUGAAGGAGAUGUCCCUCACCACAGAAGAGCGUCUGUCUUCGACGCGAGUGAUGUGCCGGCCACAGAUCACCGAGCUUUUAGAUAUGGGAGAAACCACUCAUCAAAAGUUCUCAGCGAUUGACCUGGACCAGACAUUAUUCCAGCCCUUCCCAUCAGAAAUUGUAUUUCAGAACUACGAUGCCUGUGAAGUCUACGAAGUACCCCUGAUUCUUAGGAACAAUGACAAGAUUCCAAGACUGGUGAAGAUUGUUGAGGAAAGUUCCCCUUACUUCAAAGUCAUCAGCCCCAAUGAUAUUUGUAAUAAAGUCGCCCCAGGGGUGCCAUCUACAUUCCGGAUCCUCUUCACUCCAGAGGAGAACAAGGAUUAUUCCCACGUGCUGACCUGUGUUACUGAAAGAGAAAAAUUCAUCGUGCCCAUUAAGGCUCGAGGUGCUCGGGCCAUUUUGGAUUUUCCUGAUGAGCUGAACUUUGGCAUUUGUCCGGUCAGAUACAGCACCCAGAAGAUUCUGCUGGUACGGAAUAUUGGCAACAGGGAGGCUGUGUUCCACAUCCAGAUUGGGAGUCCUUUUUCUGCAGAGCCAUGUGUUGGGACUGUCAGCGUGGGAGACACCGUGCAGAUGACAGUGGAUUUUGAGCCCCUUGUCCUGGGAGACCAUAGUGAAAAGCUUAUAGUGAACUAUGAUACAGGGGAAAAGGUUUGUGUAAGCUUAUAUGGAGCUGGUGCAGAUAUGAAUAUUAGACUGGACAAGAAUUCCUUGACCAUUGAGAAGACCUAUAUAUCUCUGUCUAAUCAGAGAAAUAUAAUCAUUCAUAACCGAAGUAAUAUCAUUGCACAUUUCCAGUGGAAAGUAUAUGCUACCCAAGAAGAGGAGGAUAAAGAAAAAGCUAGGCUCUGCGAUGAUCUGAACAAGGAGGAGGAGAAGAAGACAGAAGCGCUCCUGCAAGAGUGCAUCCUCGACCCGUCUCUGCGAGAGCACCUCUCCGUCAUCUCCCACGCUUUCCAAAACAAGAGGCAUAGGGUGCAGGCCAAUGAUAUGCUUUUCUUUGGCAACAUCUUUGUCAUUGAGCCAGUGGAAGGAGAGGUAUGGCCCAAUUCAACAACUCAAAUCAGUGUGACCUUUUACCCUCGAGAAGCCAGGCUCUAUCAGCAAACAAUUUACUGUGACAUUUCAGGCCGGGAGAGCCGCUUGCCCCUUCGAAUCAAAGGGGAAGGAAUGGGACCCAAAAUUCUCUUCAACUUUGGUGUGUUGGAUAUUGGUAAAGCUUUUAUUGGAUCAAUACACAGCUAUGAGGCCAUUCUGUCCAACAAAGGCAGCAUCGAUGCCCUCUUUAAUUUGGACCCUCCAACGACACCUUUGGGAUCCUGUUUCCUCUUUAACCCCAAGGAAGGCAUCGUGGAGCCUUCGGGGCUACAAACCAUACAGAUUUCCUUCAGCUCCAGCAUCCUGGGGCACUUCAAGGAGGACUUCCUUUUCAAUGUCAAUGGAUCCCCAGAACCUGUGAAACUGACCAUCAGAGGCUGUGUCAUUGGGCCGACUUUCCACUUUAAUGUUCCAUCCUUAGAUUUUGGUGAUGUCUCUUUUGGGUUCCCUCAUACUUUGACUUGUUCCCUCAAUAACACGUCCUUGAUUCCCAUGACCUUUAAGCUCCGUGUCCCUGGGGAUGGUGAUGGAGAACCAAGUGUUACAAGUUUGGAACAGACUUUAGAUAUCAACAAAUCGUCAUGGAAGAAUGAAAGUCCACCAGCGAUCAAGCCACGAGAAUUCACCAUUAACCCUGUUUCGGGCACCAUCCGCUCUCAGGGGUUUAUUGCUAUUCGGGUAACCUUAUGCUCCAACACUGUGCAGAAGUACCAGCUGGCUUUAGUGGUGGACGUAGAGGGCAUUGGCGAGGAAGUACUGGCACUCCUCAUUACAGCAAGGUGCGUUGUGCCUAAACUGCGUGUGGCUAAUCCGGAGCUGGAUUACGGCUGCUGUUUCCUGAAAUACCCUUACCAGCAAAAGGUGCAACUUAUCAAUGAGGAUGACCUCCCAGGAUGCUAUGGAGUUCUCUCACAAGAAUACGAGGAAGCACCUACUGUACUUUUUUCUAGCCCAGACCCUUGUGGGAUUAUCAACCCCCAGAGCACAGUGGAGUUAUUGGUGAUCCUGGAGACUCAGGUUCUUGGAGAAUAUGAGUGCACAGUUUACAUUGCCAUCUUUGGGAGCAAGGACCCACCACUGACUGUCCAUUUAAGGAGCGUUGGGGAAGGCCCUGUGGUCAAUGUGUUUCCUGACAGAAUUGAUUUUGGCAACAUCUAUGUCCUGAAGGAUACAUCCAGGACACUCCAUCUAUCCAACCAGUCUUUCAUUACCGCCUUCUUUACUGCACAUUUGAUUAACAAAAAGUCCCUGUGGAAGAUUUCACCACAAGAAGGCAUAGUUCCUCCAGAAAGUGAAGUUCUCCUUACGGUGACUGCCAACUUGGACGACAUGCUGCCGUUCAAAGAUGUGAUCAUUUUAUCCAUUCAGCAUAGCAACAGCUACCAGAUUCCUGUCGAAGCUGUGGGGAAGGGCACCACAAUUGUUUCUGACAAGCCUUUUGCACCAGAACUCAACUUGGGGGCCCACUUCAGUGUGGACCCCUAUUUCUACCACUUAAAACUAACCAACAAGGGACGCCGAUUCCACCAGCUGUUCUGGAUGAAUGACGGUUUCAAUCACUGUCAGAAACAAAAAAGGUCAACCACAUCCAUUGACAGUUCCAUGGUCCUGAGCAAUUCACAGGCCUCAGAACCCAGUGGUCCUGUGUUUCAGGUUCACCCUGUCAGAAUGGAGCUAAGCCCCGGCCAAACAUCCGAAUUGGUGUUGGAAGGAUUUUCUCCUACUCCUAAGGUAGUCAAAGAAAGACUGGUGUGCUAUGCCAUCAUAGGAGGAAACAUAAGGAAGACACAGAUCAUGACAGUCAACAUCAUCUGCGAGUUCAUCGCACCCAUUAUACAGCUCUCAACCAAGCAGAUCAUUUAUCACCUGGAGAAGGAGCCUCAAAGUGAGUUGGUGGCAGAAUUCAAGCCUCUCACUCUAAAGAAUGUCUCCUGUCUGCCAGUCCGGGUGAUACUGACCACCAAAGAGCCCUUCUACCUUUGUGACCUGGACCACUCCCUUCUAUACCAGCCCUGUGGGCCUCUGGAAAUGGCAGUUGGGGCCGAGAAGAAAUUGAUGAUCAAGUUUGACCCUUGUAUCCGAAGCGAUUUAAACCAAUGGGUAGCAGAAGAAAUCCUGGCCAUCAAGUAUUUAGAGCAUCCCCAAGUGGACUACAUGAACCUCAGGGGAGAAGUGCAUUUCCCUAACCUCACCUUUGAAACCAUGGAAGUGGAUUUCGGCUGCAUCCUGAAUGACACAGAGGUGAUUCGAUACAUCCAGAUGGUCAACUGCAGCCCCCUGGUGGUGAAAUUCCGAUGGUCCUUCCUAGUGGAUGACAACGAAAACCAGAUAAGGCAUAUCAUUCUGGAUGAGAAUAACAUGAAUGAAGAAGAAGAAAAGAAGCUUCUACCGCCAUCAGAUAUAGUCAACACAGUCAAUUCAGAACCAUUGAAAUCAAACCUCGAAGAAGUAGAAAGAACAUUAAUAACCCAGAGCCAGGUGGAAUUCCAGGACUCCCUGUGGGUCUUUGAACAGGAUGAGUCACUUACCAUUGGGGUGGAAGAAGUAUUUGACAUCUUACCCCUCUAUGGAGUGUUACCACCCCUUAGUAGCCACCAGGUGUCCUUCUCGUUUUAUGGACACUGCGACAUCAUUGCUCAGGUGAAAGCCCUGUGUGAAGUGGAGGGGGGGCCCACCUAUGAGAUCACGCUGAAAGGAGAAGCUUCAUUGGUCAGCUAUAAAUUUGACACAAAGGAAAUUAACUAUGGACUACAGCUGUUUGAUCGUGUCAUGGAGAGUGAGCUCACCCUGAAGAAUGUUGGUAAAGUCGGCUUUGAGUUCAAAGUUCUGCAUGGGAGCCAGCGUUCUGUAGAUGGCCCUCAGCCUGGAGUGCCUCUGAUACUGCCUCGUUCUGGUUUCAUUGAAUCCAAAAAGGAACAGGUGUUGAAGGUGUAUUACCUGCCUGGAGUGCCUGAGGUCUUUGAGAGGAGUUUUCAAGUCCAGAUUGCCCAUCUGGAACCAGAGACCCUCACUCUGACGGGAGAGGGGAUCUUUCCCCGGAUCUGCCUGGAUCUCCCAAGGAACAUCAAAGGGAAUGAAAAAUAUGAGGAAUUCUUGAGAGAGGCCAGAAAAAAUCUAGGGAGGGAGCUCAGCAAGGAUGAGCUGUCAAGCUACCCAGAACCAGCAACUGAGACUACGUCUGAGGAGGAAUGUAUGGCGAGCCAUCUCCAGAUGGAAGUAGAGCGGCUGAUCAUCCAACAUCAUGCUUUAGAACAACAAAAAUUACUCAAUCUCGAGGAAUCUUUCUUCAGUUACCGAUCUCGCCGUAGAUUGCUCAAGACUCAUCUUCCCGAGUACAUCCUUGACUUUGGCUACAUUAUUCUUGGUAAUGUCCGCACCCACAUUGUCAAAAUCACCAACACCAGCAAUUUGCCAGUGUCUUUCCAUGCAGAAAAGAGUGCCCUUCAUGACUCAGGCUUUAGCGUACAGCUCGACCGUGUGAGGAAUCUUCCUUUUUGUGAGACAGAAGCGUUCGAGGUGAGAUGUGAUCCACAAGCGGCCAAUGUUUCCAUUGGUAACAAAGAAGUGAUUCUGCCUAUCAAGGUCUUAGGUGGGCCGACACUGCACAUCUGCCUGCGCGCCAAAGUGACCGUACCGGCUCUCUCCUUAUCUCAUGACAAAUUGGAGUUUAACACCAUCCAGUGCGGGCAAUGCCAGGUGGCCAUCGUCCAACUUCACAAUGAGCUGCCAGUCCCUUGCGAAUGGUUCAUCUCUAACCUUAAGCAGGUCUCAAAGCUGGACAAGCGCAUGCCAAAAUACUUAAGGAAGAAGCUACGGGCAGAAUUAAAGCCAAAGCCCCAGGCCUUUGAUGUCCUGCCUGUGUGUGGAGUCCUGGGAAGUGGAGAGCGCUUCAACAUGCAGGUCAAAUUUAUGCCUUCAGAAGAGAAAUUCUAUAGCCAGAACCUGACCGUGAAUAUCGCUCACAGCUCGCAGAAGUUGCCUUUGUUUGUCCAAGGCUAUGGACUGGAGCCCCGCCUGGAUUUUAGCCCCUCUGUUCUAGAGUUGGGGCCUUUGCUGCCUUUUGCCUCUGGUGAUGAGGCAGAGAUCACAGUGAAGAAUCCUUGCACUUUUCCCAUUGAGUUUUACUCCCUAGAAUUUGAUCAGGAAUAUCUUAUGGAAGAGAAGAUUCUUCGAAACCUAAAAGGUUAUGAUGCCUGUAACACUAUUCUCCUGCCACCUCGUGCCCCGGGAGAAAAAUUGCCCCCUGAAGUGAUUGAGUAUUAUAAGGAACUAGUCCGCCUUAGAGAAGAACAAAAGAACAGGCCUCCGGAAGCACAAGAAAACGCUGAGGAGGAGGAAUCCCACAGCACGGAGCCUGGGGCCCCUUCCAGUGUGAAGCGGGGCUCUCUCAGUAUAGGUAUCUCUGUGACAUCCAACCUAGAAGAGCGGCAUUUACCAGCAGCUGAUUCUCGGAAUUUCCACGAAGAAGAAGAGGAAGAGGACAACUUAGACCGAUUUUUCUCCCAAGCUGAAAAACCGCAAAGUGCCAGUGAGACCCGUUCCACAGAUGAAGUUGGAGAAAUCGAUAAUAACCCAGUGAGCAGAUCCAUAGCUCGGCACCUGGGUAUUUCUACUUCUCCUGAAAGCCAGGUAGCCAAGCACCGAAGAGGCAUCGCCAUCAUAGUACAUGGAUCGCCAUUGUCAGGAAAGAGCAGUGCCUGCAACAGCCUCGCCAAAUACUACGGCAUCGCCUGCCUGACUCUUGACUCCAUUGUGUUGGAUGCUCUAUCCGAUUCAAACAGCAUUCCUGGACUCCGGGCCCGGGAGCUGUGCAUGAGGGCAGCCACUGAGCAGAGCAUCCGGGAUGGGGAAGAGUCAAUGAAGGAUAGCUCAUUAGCACAGACGUCUAUAGGACUGUCAAGAGUGAGCACUGAGAAUUUGGCCAAGCACAUCUCGGAAGCAACUCUGGUCUCCCCUGAAAUCCGAACGACCAAGGGCUACCGGGGAAGCGUCGUUAUGACCACUAAGACCAAGUCAGACAGCCACGGCUCUGGGUCCCAAAAACAGCAUCACCCGCUGCACCAGUCGGAAACAUCGGGAUCUCAGAUUCCAUCCAGCCCUCUGACCUAUACGCCUAUUCAGCUGCGGCUCAUGGGCAGCUCCAGUGAAGGAGACAUGGGGCUCUUCAGCUGCGUGCUUCCUGAGGACUUACUGGUGCAAAUCAUAGAAGAGAGGAUCCAGCUCAGUGACUGCUAUCGAGGGGUGGUGUUUGAUGGACUAGAAACAGUUUUCGCCAGGAAUACAGCUUGUGCCCUCCAGUGUCUGCUCAGAGCCAUCGGCAACCGGGAGCACAUAUAUUUUAUCAACGUGACUCAGGAUUACAGCAUCAUGAAGGCUCGGGAGAAAGCCAAAAUUGAAAAGCUGGAGCAGGAACGGCAGGAAAUGAUUGCAAGAGAGAAGGCUCGUUUGCAAAAGAUGGAUGAGGAGGAGUAUGAUGCCCUAACAGAGGAAGAGAAGAUGAUGUUUGACUUAGAAGUCCUGCAGGCCAUUCGGGAGCGAAAGAAAAGGAAACAAGAGAAGUUAGCUCGGGAGCUUCAGGAAAAGAGAAUGCAGCAGGAACUCGAGCGACAACGUGAGGAGGAAGAGAUGAAAAGGAAGAACAAGAGAAAGCCACGAGAACCCGUCAAAGAAGAGGCCCCGGCAAAAAAGGCCCUGGGGCCACGCCAGGCAUCGCAGAUCCAGGUAGCAGACACAGAUGUCAGAUCAGAUGUAGGACUAGAAAGGAAGACAUCAAUGAGAGAACAACCACCCAUGGAGGACAAAAAGGAUGAGAAAAGGAAAAGGAGCAGACAACAACUGGGGGAAGUGGCACCUGCACAGACCCUGGCAGAACAAAUAGAAAGUGAAAGGGAUUUAUUGAGAGAGAGUGAGAAGCAGCUGAUCCAUAAGUUCAAAGUCUAUGAUAUGACCCUAAAGGAAAUCCAGCAAAUCUUGAUGUCCUGGGACCGGAAGCAGGGCAUCUGGAUUCCCCAUGUUGGCACUGAAGACACCCAGCAUGAGCCAGAAGACCAAAAGCAGAGCACUUCUGGGCGGAAGGGCCGCAAGGAUCGUGAGAGGGAACGGCUAGAAAGGCUGGAGAAGGAGCGGGCAGAGAAGGAGCGCCUGGAGAAGGAAAAGGCUGAGAAGGAGCGUCUGGAGAAGCUCAAGGCAAUGGAAGACAAGAGUGAUGGAGGAGAGGGAGAGGAAGAAGACCAUGAAGGGAAAAAGGACUCUGGUGUGCCCAUCUUGGAAUUCCAGACAACUGUCUCAGAGGAGUUUAACUGGAAGCAGAUCCUAGAGACAGAAAGGUUGCCAAGGAUAGACCAGAUGGAGGAUGUCCUGGAUGUUGGAGUUGUCGAGCUACCAAUCCCACCUCCUGCCUUAUUCUCAAUGAUCCCGUUCCCAAUGAAAAGGGUGCCUGUGGUCACAACAGAAAUUCUUAAACACUUCACUUUUGUCAUCCCGCCAAAUGAAGAAACCACAUCAGAAGACAAAAAGGAAAAUGAAAGUGAGCCUGACAUUCCUACCAGUACCCCCACAACAAAGGCACAAGAAGAUCAGGUCACACCGAGCAAAGGCCGAUCCAGACUGAGAGACAAAGCCGAGUCUGUCAAGGAGUCCUUUAAGGAAAAGCGCGGGCGUAUGGCACUCCUCAGGAAGCUGCCCCAGGCCCUGCCCGUGACAUCCAUCGCCCCCUUGACAGGCUUAGACCAGAGCACCUUCUCCUCCCAGCAGACUCAGGAUAAAAUCAUGAGGCUGAAUAAUUUUCGUUGGAUCGUCCCAGCCCAUGGAGAGGUGACACUCCGAGUACACUUCUCCUCCAAUGAAGUUGGGAACUUUGACCAGACUUUCAACUUUGAGGUCCUUGGAACACGCCGCCAGUAUCAACUCUAUUGCCGAGGAGUUUGCACGUACCCUUCUAUCUGCCGAGACGUCAGGGUGGUGUUCCCUCAUCGGAAAAAGGAGUCAAAACCUGAGGAGAUUGUCUUUAAGAAAUAUAUAAUGAACCAGGAGAUGUUUCACUUUGGGCCAUUGCUCUGCGGGAAAUCAAGAGAUAAGUAUAAGGCAAUCCAGUUCCCAGAUAAUAUGGAGAAGCUCACAAUCCUGAACAACUCGCCACUGACUGCAGAGGUGACGUUCUUUUUCCAGUAUGAUGUCAAAGCCAACACCUACAUCCUGGACCCACCCUCCAUGACCCUUAAACCCAAUGAGAAGCAGGUGCUAUCCGUGUGGGCGUACCCAACGGCUGUGGGCAUCUUUGAUGACAGCAUCAUCUGCUGCAUCAAGGAAAACCCAGAGCCCGCCAUCUUCAGAAUAACUUGCCAGGGAAUCCGACCGGAACUGGAGCUAGACCACAAGCAGCUACACUUUGAGAAGCUACUGCUCCAUAGGAAAGAAACCAAGGUGAUUUUCUUACGGAAUGUCACCCCACUGCCAGUGGCCUGGAGGAUCGGCAGCCUCGAGCACCUGGGGGACGAUUUCAGCAUCUCCAAAUUGCAGGGCCUCAUCCAACCUGGGGAGGAGUACUGCCUGCAAGUCCACUUCCAGCCCACCAAGGCUGUCAACAUCAAGAAGGCGAUUCGCUUAGAGAUUUUAGAUGCAGACUAUCUCAUUGGAGUUGUUCAGAUUGAAAACAUCCAGAUCUUUGCGGAAUCGUAUGACAUUGCAUUGGACAUCACUUUCCCCAAAGGGAAUGAAGGAGCCUUAGAUUUUGGUGUUGUUCGAGUGAUGGAAGAAGCUAAGCAGUUUCUGUCCUUGAAGAACAAAGGAAAAUAUGAGAUUACAUUCAGCUUUUCCCUGGAGUCCCUGGCCCCUCACCUACCCAAUGUGCACUCCAUCCUCUCCACCCAACCCAAGAAAGGAUCACUGACCACAAUCGAUCGGCCCACCAACAUCCAAGUGAUCUUCCGAUCAAAAAGAGAAGUGAAAAUUGAGAACAAGCCCAUCAUACGCUGUCAGAUCAUUGAGCCUAACAACACGGAGGAAGGUGAGAUCAUUGCCAGCAUUCCAAUUAAAUUCUCAGUGAAUGCAGUAUUCUCCAAGUACGUUAUCAGCCCCGCCGCCGUCAUCAACUUCGGAGCCAUGGUUUGUGGUAGCCGGAAAACUUCCACCUUCAUCAUCGAAAACCAAGGAGUCCUGGACUUCAAAUUCAACAUCAGCAGGCUGAACAGGGACACUCCUCUGAUUCAUACACGGAAAAUAGGAGCAUUGCACAAUGUGAAGCAUGCGCGAUCCAAGGAGAACAUGAGCUUCUACAAGUUCUCUGCUACCAGAGGGCUCAAAGGCAAUGAGUCAUCGCAAAAGGAUAUGAGCACAUUGAACCAAGCUCGUUUCACCCUCAACAUGUUCACCGUCUACCCUGGAUUUGGAUCCAUCCCUCCUGGAGGGCAGCAGAUGAUCACAGUGGAUUGUCUUGCUGACCCAAUUGGACGAUGCGAGGAGUUUCUGGCCAUUGAGAUCUCAGACCGAGAUCCAAAAGACCAGCCCGGAGGCAUUCAAUACACUUUGUCAGCUGAAGCCUGUUUGCCAGCUUUCGUGAUAGAUGACAUGGCCUCCAUUUUCGAGGAGCAUCUAUUAUGUAACAAUAUUAACCUGUACCAGGUUCUGCAAACCACAGACAGUGGAGGAGUGUUCUUGGAGGAUGAGAACAAAUUUAUAUUCCGCAACGUCCUGGUGGGACACCAAGCCAAAGCUCGAUUCAAGAUCAGCAACGUAGGAAAGAUUCCCUGCGACGUCAAUGUCUCUGUCAAGCCUAUUUCUGCCAGGGCUGUGGCUCGCAUAAAUGACAUCUUUGAAGUGGAGCCCACCAAAAUGUGCAUCGCCAGCCACUCCCAAGCUUUCGCCACCGUGACCUUCACUCCACAGACAAUGCAGUCCUAUCAGUGUCUCUUUGAAGCCUCCUUAGACGGUCUGCCCAAUUUCCUUUCCAAGACCCGAAACCUCACAUUUGAUAUCAUCGGGGAAGGAAACCUACCUCGAGUGACUGUUUUGCGGCCCAUUCUCUAUAACCAAAAAGGAAACCCUCUCAUCCUGUUUAAGAGGCUUCUGGUCGGCCAGACAGAGAAGCUCCCUCUCAUCCUUAAGAACUAUGGAACUAUUCCUGCCCAGUUACUUGUUGAUUUGAGGGACCACACCAGAGUCUUCUCCCUGAAAGGCAGGCCUACCACUAACUAUAUCUACAUAACGGAAGAAAAUAAUCCUGAUGAAAAAUCAAAGAAAGCUCAUACCGCGUCCCUCAUCGUUUACCCUGGAGAGAUAGCUGAGUUUGAUGUUCUUUUCAAACCAAGCAGGGCAGAGAAUGUGGUGGGCACCAUCCAUUUAUCUGUGGUUAACAACCAGUAUGAGGAGACCACCAUUCAGUUGCUGGGAGAGGGAUAUGAGGAUGAUAUCACCUUGGACAACAUCCAUGGACUUGCUACCACCUUCAAGCCAGACAUGAUGGAAGUCACUGAGAUCGCUGAAGGCAAAAUGAUGGAGGAAUUUUUGGCAUCUGCCCGGGCGGAUCACCUUCAGUUUGGGGACUGUCAUGUUGGCAGCAUCUACGAAGUGACCUUCACAAUCACCAAUCGCAGCCGAGCUAAUGCAGUGAGGUUUGAGUGGCCUACCAUGCAACCCCUGAAUUUCUCCCCACAGGCUGGCCACCUCCAUGCUGGAUGUGCUAAGGACAUCACAGUGACUUUGAAAUCUCGCUCAGCUGUCAGCCUCAAGAAAGCCUUGGUGAAGUGCAAACUCUCGAGAAUAGUUUUCCAGCAACCUGUGGACCAGGUACCAGACUGGGACAACCACAUGCGCACGGUCAAAUGGGUAGAUUCUACGAAGAGUCCGAACAGCAACAUUCCUGCCAAAAAAAAAGUGAUAGAUACUGACCCUGAACCUGUGCACACAGUCCUGGAAGAAAACUACCAAGAACUACAGCUCUAUGUCAGCGCUGUGGUGGACUACUCCUCCUUCCGCUCCCAAGUGAAAGAAGUGAACUUUAAGGAAACACUGGUUUUCCAGACCCGAGUUUUUGAGUUUGAUUUGAUUAAUACAGGACCCGUACAACUGGGAUAUACCUGGCUGCUGUCCUCAGAGGAGCCAACAAAGGCUGUCAGUUUUGCUGAUCCACAGAGCUUGACUUCUCGAGAAAAGGAGUCCAGUCAAGGAACUUUCCGUGGGGGAAGUGCCACAGACAGCUUUUCAUCACAUGUAUACAGCAGUUCCUCCACCUACCCUUUCUCCAUGGAGCCCGUCAGUGGCAUCAUCCCAGUUGGGAAAAAUCAAAAAAUCAAGGUUAAAUUCUCUCCCAUGGAAGUUGGCGAUUUUGAGAACAACAUAUACUGCCAGAUCCCUAACCUCGUUCCGGGGGCUCAAGGACUAAUGGUGGCCGUGAAAGGGAAAAGCCUCUUACCAUAUUGCCAUUUUGAUCUGAACGAAUCUGACUAUAUCAGCAACCACAGGCGUAAUCCGGACUUAAACGGACCAAAUGGGAGACCUCUUGAUCCCAAUACACGGGUGAUUGAGUUUGCCUCCGUGGGUGUGGGAACAAAGAACAUCCAGACCUUCACCAUUAUGAACCCUACCAACAGUCCCUAUUCUUACCAAUGGGUCUCAGAAGAAGUGGAGAAUCUCCAGAACCCUUCACCCUUUCUAUGCCUGACAGAGGAAGGCGUAAUCCAACCAGAGAAAAAAGCUGAGAUCUCAUUCCAGUUUACUCCUCAUCAUCUGGAGAUCAUGGAAUCAUUCUGGACUUUCCUAAUCCCUGAGCACAACAUCUCAGUCCCUUUCCUCCUGGUAGGCAAAGCCAUAGACCCUCUAAUAUCUCUGGAUGUGCCUCACCUCACCUUCAGCUCCCUCCUGAUGGGACAUGAAGCCCGAGAGACAGUACACAUGAUUAAUAAUGAGGAGCAAGACUUUAAUUUUGCAUUUGAAGAUAGUUCCUGCUUUUCUGAAGGCUACAUCAAUAACCUGAUUGUGAAGCCUAUGGAAGGCAUAAUCCCAGCAAUGUCCAGGAUACCCAUCGAUAUUUUCUUCACCCCAAAGUAUGAAGGAGAAGUGAACUUUAAUCUGAUCUGCCAUGUGAAAAGGAAAGCCCAACCUCUGACCUUAAAUGUCAAAGCUGAGGGCUACAGUAUGAAGGUGGAAAUCAAGUGCAAAGAAAGUGAUGGUUCCGUGAUUGAUUUGAGUCCCCACCAGCCCAAUGUCAUCAGCUUCUAUGAGGUAGAAAUCAAUGAAAGUGUGCAGUGUGAUUUCACCUUGAUUAACACUGGUAAAUUCAACUUCAGCGUCCUGUCCGAAUUUGAUGGUCCCAAAGCCCUGCAGCAAUAUUUUACUUUCUCCCCCGCUGAGACAGUGGUUGAGGCCGGGCAGAGUGUCUCAGCCUUCCUAGCUUUCUGCCCUCUAAAGAAGUGUUUUAUAAAGGAUGUGGAGCUCAGACUCAAGAUCACUUAUGGUCCCAUAUACACCUGCAUACUCAUGGGCUCAUCAGUGACUCCUGCUAUCCAAUUCUCCUUCACCAGUUACAACUUUGGGACCUGCUUCAUCUACUUACCCGGGAUGCCCUUGUACAAACAGAUCCUUGUCAUCACAAACAAUGAGGAGAAGCCUAUUAGCUUGGAUUGUUUGUAUACCAACACAGCCCAACUGGAAGUGGGUUGGCAGGUUGAUGUGAUAAAGCCUGGAAAGAGUUUAGAAAUUCCAAUCACCUUCUAUCCUCGAGAAGCUGUAUCUUAUAAGGAAAUCAUUACCUUUGAAAUCAAUGGACUCUUACAGCAAAAUAUUGAGAUCCAGGGGAGGGGCACUGAGAUGAAGAUCUCAGUCCUGGAUCCUGAAAGUAAGAUUGUGAAGUUUGGAGCUCUGUUACCAGGGCAGACAGUCAAGAGAACCACCUCGAUCGUGAACAACAGCCUCAUUCCCCUGACCUUUAACCUAACAUCAAUGUUCAACAUUAUGGAACUCACCGACCCCAAGGUUGUGACCUGGACACCUUGUUCCAACAUUACCCUGAAGCCCCAAGAAGUCUGUAAAGUGGAGAUUGUCUUCUCUCCAAACAAACGCGUCCCCCAGUUUAAUGAGGAGAUAUUCCUGGAGUGUGCGGGGCUGCUGCGCGCCCUCUUUCUCAUCAACGGCUGCUGCCAAGCCCUGGAGAUCGUCCUGGACCAGGAGCACAUCCCCUUUGGGGCCGUGGUCUAUCAAGCCCGUGCGACGCGCCGGCUCCUCAUGAUGAACGUCGGGGACAUCGGAGCAAGAUUCCAAUGGGAUGUCAAGAAAUUUUCACCAAACUUCUCAAUCACCCCAGAUAAAGGCUACAUCACCCCCGGAAUGGAGGUUGCUUUUGAAGUGACCUACCAUCCCACUGAGCUGGGCAAAGACAGCAUCUAUAAAAACCUGCCCUGCAGUAUCCAGGGGAGCAAGCCUCUCCUGCUUACCCUGUCUGGACUGUGUGUGAAUGUGUCCGGAAUAAAAGAGACAGUGAAUUUCAACUGUCAGGUGCGCUCCAAACACACCCAGACCAUCAUGCUGUCCAACCGCAGCGAUCACGCCUGGCAUCUGCAUCCCAUCUUUGAAGGGGAGCACUGGGAAGGGCCAGAGUUUCUUAUACUGGAAGCCCAUCAGCAAAAUAGGCCCUAUGAGAUCACCUACAGGCCCCUCACCAUGAAUGUUGACGGUCGGAAGCAUAUGGGCACACUCUUCUUCCCACUCCCUGAUGGGACAGGCUGGCUGUAUAUUCUUCAAGGGACUGCCGAUGCUCCCAAAGCAGUCGCCAAUAUCUACCGGGAGGUGCCAAGCAAAACGCCCUACAUUGAGCUAUUGCCUGUUGAAAACUGGCUGAACAAGCUGCAGAGAUUCCGAGUCGUGGUGGACAUGAUUAAGCCAGAGAAACUGGACCUGAGUGUGAGGAUAAAAGGCCUCGAUUACAUCGAUGUCCUGGCAGGAUCCAAGAAAGACUACAAGCUGAACUUUUUUUCCUUCAAAGAGGGGAUAUUCUCUGUAAAGGUGAUCUUCCGCAAUGAAGUAAACAAUGAGUACCUCUUCUACUUGGUGACUUUCAAGGUCCUCUCCUCUGGGAUCAUUAAGACAAUCGAGAUGAGUACAUUUGUUCGGCAGAGCACCUCAGCCUCCAUCAAGGUGGAAAACCCCCUCCCUUACUCUGUCGUCUUCACCACAGACUGCCGAAUACCCGAUAUCAGCAUACCCUCCCAGUUUGCGGUGGCACCCAAUUCAGAGGGUAUGGUAACAUUUGAUUUCCAGCCUCUGAAAGCUGGGGAGACCGUUGGGCGACUGCAUCUACAUCAGAAUGAUCUGGGCACCUACCAGUAUGAACUCAAUCUUAAAGCCAUCCCAGGCCGGCCUGAGAAGCCAGUCUACUUCCAGGCUGCCCUGGGUAGCAGCCAGAGCAUUAAUGCUAAAUUCAUGAACUACACACGUCAGAAGACAGAAUAUUCAUGUAAGACUGACAACCAAGAUUUCCAUGUGGAGAAGAUUGUCUACGCAGCCCCAGGAGCCCAAGGAGGCAGUGAAGUCAAUGUGGAAGUCAGCUUUGAACCUAGCCAGCUAGGUGAAAUAAGGGGCAUGCUCUAUCUCUCCUCUGUCAUGGGAGGGGAAUAUACCAUCCCACUCAUUGGACUGGCCCAGUACCCCAAACCCCAGGGUCCCAUCCAAAUCAAAGCAGGUUCCAGCACUAUUAUCCCCUUUAAAAAUGUCUUCUACCACCAAAUGUCCUAUUCCUUCAUUGUGGAGAGCUCAUCCUUCACUGUCAAAGCCAACGAUACCGUGCGCUCUAAGAAAAUCAACAAUAUCACUGUUUCCUUCGAAGGGAACACUUCAGGCCACAAAACUCCCAUCACCUCCAAGCUCAUUGUGUCCUGCCUCAGUGCCACUGGUAAUGAAGCGGGAAUCAAGUGGAUCUUUUAUCUGAAAGGGAUCACCCCAUAG